AAACUCAGUUGAUCUUUACAAAGUGUUGAGAAGGCAAGAAGGCAUCAAUAAAAUGAAUUCAUCAAAAUUGUUUGCUGUUUUGCUGGUUACAGUUUUGUACUGUAAAAAUUUGAACGCACAGGUCAAAGACGGUACCUACAUCACUCUCUACGAUGAUCAAUGGCAACAAGGAUAUUCCGAAACAUUUGAAGUGAAUGGAUGUACAAAUGUUCCACCGCAGAUCGAUGACAGGGCAUCAUCUGUGGAUACUCAGGGUAACUGUGUCGUUUUAUGCGCUGAUUCGUUUUGCGAAGGUAGGUGUGAGGGAGUUCCAGGCAGCAGCAUCACAGAUCAUGGAAAUUUUGAAGCUGCUAGCUUUAACGAUGUUGUUUCUUCAGCAAAACCAUGCUAAUGAUUCUGCCUCACAUUAUCAAGGGGACAUUUUUUUCUUACCUAUUUUAAUCUGGAGGGUACAUCUAUUUGAACGCAUUUGCACCGUUCUUUCCGCCGAGUAGCAUGCAUUUCGUGUAAUGAAACUUUUGUUAAAAAUUUGUAAAAGAAAUUAAAGGUUUUCCAUUUCUCAUA